AUGACUCAAGCCCUUCAAAAAUAUGAGAAGCUGGAAAAGAUCGGUGAAGGUACGAGUUUAACUUCGCACGAUUGCCUAUUCCUCAGGUACUUAUGGCAAAGUUUACAAAGCAAAAAAUCGCGAGACCCAUGAAGUCGUUGCUUUGAAACGUGUACGCCUUGAAGACGAUGAAGAAGGCAUUCCAAGCUCGGCUUUUAGGGAGAUUUGCUUGUUGAAGGAACUGAAACAUAGAAAUAUUGUUAGGCAAGUUCUCGCCCUAGGGCAGCUGCCCAUUUUCUUAAAUACCGACGACUCUAAGGGAAUCUGCUUUCCCUAAAGGUUCAUCAUUACGAAAUUGCCGAUUUCUUCUCCCCAUAUUAGGCCUCUAUAUACUUAAACUCCCCUCCCAAGUGGUUUACAGUAUUGACGUGCGUAUACACACAUGAACAGUACUUUGGUAGAACUACUCCAGACAGCCUCCUAAUCUCGCAGCCGCACACGGGGAGUAGAUUUCUUUCUGUCUGGGUAUUAUCUGAACCCAGCACAUGCAGUUUUUAGCCAGCUUUCAGUUUGCGACUUCAUCCCUCCCUCCCACAACAGGUUAGCGAUCAUUGGCAGUAACUGUUAGGUUCUUUCAAGCACACGCACACUUUCAUUGUUCCGGCUAGCGACAACGCCGGUUUCGCCGACUUGAGUCUACGGCGCAAGUUGUUAAUGCUCAUGACAGUCAAGGGAACACGCGAGUCCCUGCUCCCGCCAGGCCGAUCGGUGGGGUCUCAACGUCUAAGGGGACGGUGGUGUGAGAUACCUUAUUGAAUGACAAGCAACAGUUAACAUGCCAUAAUUUCGCGCUGACUUGUAACCUUUUUAGCAAGUAGCCGAUUUCCCAGCUCAGUACCCACUUGCGUCUGAAAGUAUUAUAAUUGCAUGUUCCAGGACUACUUUCUUGUCAGACCCGAUAGCCUGCCUAUUUGGUUGGACCGUCCGUUAUAUGCGGGGGUGCCCGGCAGACCUCAGCUAGCCUAAUACUGAAAUCUCGUUUUCUUGGAGUUCCUGUAAUGUUGGCGUACACCGUGCUGCGCACUGACACUGAACUCCGAGUACGUUGCACGAAGUAAUCGGAGACACACUAUAGAAUGCCAAAAUGGAAGCAACUUAUUUCUACCACCCGGGGUAAUAGCGUAAAAGCACAGGACUGGCAGUCACUUAAGCCAACCGGCCAUUGUUGGCUACGUGAAGGACUACCAAGGAUUCUAUAAAUUUCCAAUUACCAGGACAUUCCUUUAUCAGACCUGAUAACCAAACCAAGUGGUAGAGCGCUUGACAACGACGUACCACUGACAAAGUUCGAGGUAGUGCUGUGGAAAUGGCAGUAAGCAAAAUCCUAGAGUACUCUUUUUGGGCGUUUACCUUGUGUACCAACUGAGCACAGGUAGCGAUGUGUCAGGAGCGUGUAGUGCUCUACACGACUUAACCCGCGGACCGAAUCUCGUAUAUCUCGGCAUACAUCAGUCUUUAUGCCUGGCCGAAGUCGUCUUUGGUGGAGUGGGAAUGAGUCGUACUUAUAGCUUCCGCUAGGAUAUUCGAAGGGUUAAUUACCUUGACCGAUUGCAUGUCAGCUGUUACCCCAAUGAGUUCACGCAAGUUUCUUUGUUACUUUCAAGAAUGCUCGUAACGUGACUAACUAUGUUUUCCUGGAAGAAGGGAUCGUGUUAUUAAAUUUCUUAAAUUACUACCGUGGAAGGAUGCUACCGCCACAGGAUUACCAGGUCAUUAGGCUCGAGGUCAUGUUAAAAUCUUUUAACGAGGAAUAAGUUAGGCGCACAGGAAAUGAGAUACGCAUGAUAUGGGUUUGCAACGCAGCUGCGCGUCUGUAGGCCGGCCGGUCACACAUGCGUGGCUAACUCAAUGCCGAUCAUAAUGAAAUUUGAAUAUUUAUGAGUCUAACAGUUCGUGUUAUGUCUGUUUCAGCUACCGAAUAGCUUGAACACUGACAAAUUACGGGUAGAGCUACGUACGCACGAUAAUAAGACGGUUUGGCUUUCUGGCAUAUCGUGGAUGAGGCAGUCAGAACAACCUGCUUGGCACCAGUACUCGCAUUAUGGUCGGACGACGGUCGUAUGGAGAGCUCGGAGAUUUUUCAAAUGGUUUGAAUGUAGCUUUAAGAAACAAUAAGUUUCCCGCAUAUCUUUUGAACAACACGUCCUUAGAACAAUAAUCAGUUCGAAGCUACCAGUUUCGUGAAGGCUGCCUUUCCUAGAUCCGCACACGUUACCUGCUUUUGGAGUACGUUUACUCCCCUAGAGGCAUAAGAACCCAUAAACGUCGUAUUUUUCUGGCUAUAGUCCUAAGGCUCUUGGAAAGUAUUUCAUUAUUAGGCCUGUGUUGCCUGUGUUAUGCAACGACAGGCUGCAGUUGAUAAGCCGUAACGAAAUUUAUUGGUUCCAAUAAAUUCUGCCCUUUAUGUUUGCUUCACAAUCACUUUCAUCAAUUGUUUGAGUUUGAGGGCGACAACUUGUACUCAUUAGGACUUACCACUUAAAGUUCGGGGGAUUCGAGAGUAUUUAUUACAUGCGUCGACUUCCGCAUUAUCUUCGCUGAGGGAGGUGUUUAAGUCAGCCACGAUUUCAUUUAGGGCCUCGUAGCUCAGGUGGCUAGGUCAUCGUCUGUAUUAAAACCUUCCUCUUGCUGUCGUGGGUUCGAAUCCCAUCGAGGCGCCGAGUUUUUCAGAGUUGGGUCAGUGUGAAUUAUUCGUUCGAUUACUUCCGGUAACACGGGACCCAGUUUCAGAGGUCACACCAAGACACUCGUUUUGACGUCAGUACGGAGUAAAGAUCAUCCACAGCGUUAAGCAUCUCAUGCUUGUCCAUGCGGAUUGCUUUAUGCUGGUGGAAGGCAUUAGCACCACCUAAGAUCUUGUAGACUGCAAUUUUUUGCACGUCCAUUUAACAGUAGUGGGAAAUUUUAAACUGCUGCUACAUGCUCACGUUCGCCUAAACAGUGGAUCUGUUUCACUGUCUUCACGCCAUCGUAACUGCUUAAUAUAACGCGACCGAUUAGCCCGUCUUCUGUUAUGCAGCUCUCUGUAAUGUCGAUAACUUGGAAUCGGCAAAUAUAAAAGUGAGAAAGUAGUUUAUUCAAGUGCGUUUACGUAUCACUUUCCGUUUUCUACUCUACAGGCACACACUGCAAUUCUUCUAUCCAAUUAAAUUAGAGUCAUUGUUGAAAAAACGUGAAUUUCCAGAUAACCUCAUUUGUGUAUUUUGCCUUCUAGGCUCUAUGAUGUGCUCAUCAGCGAGUCUAGACUCACCAUCGUCUUUGAACAUUGUGAUCAAGACCUGAAAAAGUACUUUGACGCAUGCAAUGGCGAGAUCGACCCGGCUACAGUUAAGGUAACGUUACACAGUGCCUUCCUUAUCUUAAGUUUCUACAGGUUGCCAUGUAACGAUUAGUUGAUUGUGACUAAGAUCGACUGCGCCGACGACGAUGGUUAUUUGCAGUCUCGAUGACGUCCGGAAUUUAUUCUGCUUACCAAAGCACCAAUGAUUCCUGAUGGUUUUGUAAGAGCUGCUAGAAGUCUUGGUAGCGAUAUCCCGGAGUUAGUAUCAGUUUCAGUAGAAUGAUCACGCCUAACUACACUCUUGAUCAGAAAGUUAGGUCGCCGCGCACAAAUCAUACUGUCAUCUUAGCCCUAUUAUGGUGCUAAAUAACAUGUUUUUGUCGCAUUUGGAUAAGCCAGAAAUGUACAAAAGCCCGAUAUUCUAUGAUACAGUAUCCGACUAAUCUCAAUAACCCAACGUUCUGCCUUGCACAGGCGUGCUGGGAGGUCAUUUCCAUAUAUUCUCCGAAAUUCUGGGGUCCGUUAUCAAUGUUUUUUGACUCUUCCGUUGGGGCUACUCAUGAAAUUGUCAUCUGUUAUUUACUAGAAACUUAUGUCGAGGAUAACUGAUAUCCACUUGAAGUCUCUUUAUUUUUGAUGCCUGCCACCUGUCGUCUGCCAUCGAGCCUUUAACCCUUUAUUUGAAAUUCCCUCUAGCUCUUUAUGUACCAACUCCUACGUGGACUUCAGUUUUGUCAUAUGAACAACGUUCUCCACCGUGACCUGAAACCGCAAAAUCUCCUAAUUAAUGCAAACGGCGAGCUGAAGUUAGCAGAUUUCGGACUUGCUCGCGCCUAUGGAAUACCGGUCCGUCAGUACUCUGCGGAAGUAAGUUUUUCUUCUGAGAAUGGUCUCUUUUUACUCUUCCGAUCAUUUGUUUCCACACCCGAUGUUUUUGUUUAGGUAGUCACACUCUGGUAUAGGCCACCGGACGUCCUUUUCGGUGCUAAGCUCUACACCACCUCCAUUGAUAUGUGGUCAGCCGGCUGCAUUUUUGCUGAACUCUCUAACGCUGGUCGGCCUCUUUUCCCCGGUUUCGACGUAGAUGAUCAACUUCGACGCAUUUUCAAGUAAGCCACAUCAAAUACCCCCAAACUAUUGUUCGAUAGACAUAUUACAAAAAUUACUGCCCCCAUCAUCCCGUUGACACGAACGCAUUUGUUUUCCUUCACAUUGCACCAGAUAUGUGGCUGACUUAUCUUUCAAAAACUUUAGAAAAACACCUUCGAUAAUCUUCGAAUGUAGGUUACUCAGAUGCGUGCACCCAGUCGUCUAUCUGGGAAGGCGAACUUCCGUUUCUUCUCUUUUCUCUUCCUGGGUGUCUGAGAAUUGCUGAUCCAGUCAUUCAUUUUAUCAUCAACCGUGGAGUUCCGUAAGAUCUUACUUGCCAAGUUGGCGAGACGAUGUUAUUUUACUCUGAUCUCGAAUUCAGUGUAUCUCAUUGGUUGGCGGUAGUGGGUGCGUCACAGUUCAACAGUAUCGACCUUGUCGAAUACUUCUGUCAGAUCGAGCAAGGUAGUGUGGAUUGCUGUCCACACUUCUCCCGCUUCCAUCCAUUCUGUUUGCAGAAAUGACACUGCACUUCCGGUAGGGGUCGUUGAUCAGACUAAAAUAAAAUCAUCGCUAAUAUUUUCAUGCUAACUUGGUGGAUCGACUCUGUGCGGCAGCCGUUGAUUCGCCUACUUCCCUCGUGUUUGUUGUGGUGAACAAUUCGGACGUCCCCCUGACCUCGCCAAAUUUUCUGUUGACGUAACCCGUUUCCUAGGAUAGACGGGCAAGUUUUCCCGCAGAUGAGUCCCCGAAAGCUAUCCGCUUUGUGGUGCCUGGGCGGCCUGAUCCUUUUACGUCAGGAUUGAACGACAUUGGCGGUCAGCAUUGGCUUGGACCUGUGGAAUUCUGUUGAUUGACUGAAGGUGAAUAAUAACUGUUGCAAAAUUCUUCUGAUCAGUGCUCAGUAUCCGUGAACGCCCCGACGCCAUGGCUAAACAUAAUCGGGACACUGGCAGUUCAUUAGUUGUAUGUCAUCCUUAUGACGCAGAAACAGUUCAUACUUCCAUCGCGAUCAGCAUAUCGUUGAAGUACGUCGGUCGGGUGUUUUGCAUCUCUGGUAACUUCGGUUCUCUUUGCCUUAACCGCUCGGUCAACGUGCCUUUGUUCGGAUCGAUCGUGUUCUCAUUUUCUCCACCUGAGGUACAGUAGAUGUGCUAACUCAUGAAAUGUCAACCGAAAUUUCGAAAUGCGUUCUCGUUUCGAAAAGAUAAAUUAAGUAGUGUUGUAAAACUAACCCUGAUACAGCAUAAAUCUAUAAUGAUCCAGUUACCUCAUGUUGUCGGCUUUCGAAAGAACUUAUUUUCGGCUGCAUGCAAGAUCUAUACUCUUCAAAAAAUGACUACUUAAGUAGCAUGCAAUUUUCUCAUUGAUUUUCGAUGCCCUUGAAAAUUCAAUUAUAUUUCAUGGAAAACAUGCAUACAAAUAUUCAUUCUUUUACUUAUUCUGUAGAGAAUCACGUCUUUCAAUUUCAUACUCAAAAGAAGAGUAUAAUUCGGUUUUAAAAACUUUUAUGAUUCGUGAAUAAUUUUGAACCCGACCUGCUGUUACACUUGCAUUCAGGGUUUCAAAACUACAAGCUAUAUAUUUUCCGUGUACGGAAAACCAUGCAUUUCUCUACGGUGUUAAGAGGAGACCAUAUGAGGUUCAUGAAAUUAAGCAGUGGAUUUGAACAAUAUUGUUAACUUUACAAGCCACAUUCGUAAAUGCAGAUACAUGGCGUUUCAUGAACGGCCAUUUAACGGUAUUAAAAAAUCUCACAAUUAGAAACUUUUCUAAAACCGAAUUAUACUCUUCUUUUGAGUAUUAAAUUGGAAGAAGACGUGAUUUUCUACCGAAUAAGUAAAAGAAUGAAUAUUUUUAUGCAUGUUUUCCAUGAAAUAUAAUUGAAUUUUCAAGGGCAUCGAAAAUCAAUGAGAAAAUUGCAUACUACUUAAGCGGCCAUUUUUUGCAGAGUAUAGAUCUUUCAUGCGGCCGAAAACAAGUUCUUUCGAAAGCUGACACCCUGAGGUAACUGGAUCAUUAUAGAUGUAUGCUGCAUCAUGAUUAGUUUUACAACACUACUUAAUUUAUCUUUUCGAAACGAGAACGCAUUUCGAAAUUUUGGUUGACAUUUCAUGAGUUAGCACAUCUACUGUACAUUACUGGUUUUUAGAUGAAUAUUCAGUGCAUUGUUUCAGUCAUCCUUUCUCACGUAUCUUAACAGCCCAUUUUUGCUUAGAUUGCUAGGAACUCCUACGGAGGCUACAUGGCCGGGUGUUAUGGAUUUGCCGGAAUACAAGGUGAUUCAGUUUUGACGUCUUUCUUUACAAUUUGGUUUCUUUUAUCGAACGACAUUUUUGGAACUUUUCUUGAUUUAUUCAGUCACAGUCACGUACGUUUACUUGACAAUCGACUUUAUGCGUCUUCUUCCCAGACUUUCACUGUUUAUCCACGAAACCCGCACUGGCACCAGGCUGUUCCCAAUCUUUCCGUUCGAGGACGUGAUCUACUUCAGGUGUGUGGAGCAGUUUUGCCGUUCAUUCUUAUUCCUCAUGUACUCCUCCUCUACUUUUGAAUGCGCGCUGUGAAAUAACCAAUUUGCCUACGAUUUUAGCAACUGUUGGUGUGCAAUCCGUCGGAGCGUGCAAGCGCUGACCAGGCCCUGGAGCAUCCCUACUUCGAUGCGCUUGCCAUCUGA